CAAACACAGAGUUCUCUCUGCGCAGUGGAGGUCUGUGGCCGCAAAAGUGAUAGUAUUUUUUUUUUUUUUUAAUUGUACCCACCGUACCUCAAGCGAACUAAACUCGAAAAACACGGUGCCACGCGGGAGACACACGCAUUCGUAACCAUGAGGACGUACUACGUGAUAGCCGCCAUUCUGAUCGCCGGCGCGAGCGCCCAGGAGUCAUUCAAAUGCCCAGACGACUUCGGUUUCUAUCCUCAUCACAUAUCCUGCGACAAGUACUGGAAAUGCGACAACAACGUCGCGGAGCUGAAGACCUGCGGUAAUGGUCUCGCCUUCGACGCGAGCGACAGCAAGUUCCUUACCGAAAACUGCGACUACCUCCACAACGUCGACUGCGGCGACAGGACGCAGCUCGAGCCAGCAGUGAGCACGCCGCAUUGUCCCCGACUUUACGGUAUCUUCCCCGACGAAAAGAAAUGCGACGUGUUCUGGAACUGCUGGAACGGAGAGACCUCCAGGUAUCAGUGCAGUCCUGGACUCGCUUAUGAUCGUGAAGCCAGAGUCUGCAUGUGGGCGGAUCAAGUACCUGAAUGCAAAGUCGAAGAGGUCGCAGGAGGUUUCACGUGUCCCGCCGCGGGUGAAGUGAGCGGAGCAUCCGGCAGCUUCAGCAGACACGCCCAUCCCGAGGACUGCAGAAAGUAUUACAUAUGCCUGGAGGGUAUCGCCAGAGAGUACGGUUGCCCUAUCGGCACCGUCUUCAAGAUCGGUGACGCCGACGGCAGCGGCGCCUGCGAGGAUCCCGAAGACGUUCCUGGAUGUGAGGAUUACUAUGGUGACCUGGACCUAAAGAGCAUCAGGAAGAGCGAGCUGCUUGCCGGUAUACAGAAUUCGGGCGAGCCCAGGAAGCCCCACGGUCAACUCAAACCAAGGCCCCCGUCGGCACCCGCGAGGCCCAACACACCCCAGGAAUAAUUUCCAAUAACGCCCCUACCCACACCCCAACCCUCCAUUUAUCUAUUCCCCUUCUCGCGUCUUCGCGUUCCCUCGUCUCCAUCUCGGCAUCUUUCUCCGCAAAGCUCUCUAUCUCUAUCUACGUCUCUCCGUUUCCCUAUUUCUGUCGCGCACGCACAAAACGAACAAUUUACCUAGAAUCCCGGGCGAACUCGGAAAAUCUCGCGCGAAAACGAUCCUGAUUGUCCGAUACCUCGAAACGUGCGACCCUGAAAGUCGUCGAGUGCUCGGUCAACGUUCGAGGCAAAGCUUGUAAAGCUCGUGGUGGUGCGAAUAAUUCUAGGGUCGACAUUCUACUCGGAAGGUGGAAUUGUAUAUGGUAAUUAUGUGUAUCGACCAGUCGCGAAUUCUUCGUAUCUAAUCGAACGAACUCGAACCACCACCUAGAUGUUUAUCUUUAGAUACCUUGAGUGAAUAGUGACCAUGAUCGCUGGUAUUUCAAGCCUAGACGCAAAUAUUGGUGUCAUGAACAUUGUGUUGCGAUACUCGCGCCUUUUCGUCGAGUUUUUAUCCCGUACAUCUGGUGUAACUUUGCGAUUAUCAGUUACACGAAUUCAUUUUGUCAGUCGGCUAGUUUUCGAACGACUAGAGUUGCGAACGUACAAUGAUAAAUCUUUUUAAUGGAUUCAUUUAUGUUUAUCGUUUCGAGGAAGCUUCAAAUUGGAUAAAGUAAAUAAACUUUUGCUCUCUUUCAGUGGAGAUUUAGAUAUGCUAUUAUUCUCGACCUUUGAAUAUGGAUAUUAGACGAUAAAAAAGAACGUACACGUUUAAUAUUUUUGUAUACUCUCUACAAAUUUUUGUACCAAUUUUAUUCGAAAUUCUUAAUUAACUUCUUCGGGGACGAUUUUUCUGCACGCUUUUCUUAUAUCUCUAACUGUACAUCGGAAAUAUUAGUGCAGUUAUUAUCAGUGCAGCCAGACCAUACAAUUUUUGUUCUUUUUAUUAUUGACAGUAGUUAUAAUUAUAAAAAACUAAACGUCCACAUAUGUGGCCAAGGUCGUGAAGAGGUUAAUUAAUCUUCUACUUCAUUUUAAUAUUGAAUUUCACGAACGUUUAUGCAGAAUUCAUGUUUUUAUAGAUACAGAAGAUUUAUGUUUACACGAAAGUACGUCGUAUCUUCUAAACAGUGCAACGUGUACUUUAUAUAUUUUUGCGUUCGUGCACGACCAUUAUUUCCAAUCGCGAUAUAAACGUACAGUUUAGUUAUCAAAGAUUCGUCGAAGCUGCAAUUAUUCGCACCGCUAUAAUAAUAUCGGUGAACACCGUCGCGUUCGACAGAAAUCCACGAGAGACAAUUCGUUUCGAAUUUGGGGAGAGCGAAAAUUCGAAUUUCAUUCGCAUCAAUGUUCGCGCUAAUUAUUAAUUAGAAGAAGCGUCUCGCCGCCAACAAUGGCGUCGGGGGACAAUAAAAAUGAACCGAGUUGUUCGCGCGAUUUUAAUUCCCCGCGCCCUGUUCUCUGUCUUUCGUCGUCCAGUCAUUGUACUGUAGAAGAGAAAAUCGAACGAGGAACCCGUGUAAAAUUAUUAAGAGACUGAUCGUAUAGCUCGUCAGAGCGUGGGAGGCUGAUUAAAAUCUGCGAACAUCGUUCGAACACUUUACCCUCUCUCGGUGAAUCUAUCUUCGAUUUUCUUUUAGCUCGUCUUCGUUUUCCUGAUGAAAAUUCGGUACAUUUAAUCAGGAUACUAACGUGUCAAGUUGCAAUCGUGUCGUCUCAUCGAUAACUUCCUCGUUGACCCUCCCUUCGAGCUUCCUCUUUCACUCUCUCUUGCCUGUUGUCGUCUUUGCACCCCUGAAUUUGUCUCUUUGCUGUUCAUACUCCCUUUGUUUACAAUGAGACGUUCGAUUUAGAAAAAGAAAAGAAAAGAAAAGAAAAAAGAGCAUACGCAAAGGAAAGUAUCUCUGUGAUCGCGAUGUACGUGUAUUAUCGCGCAGGAGAACAAGUUUGCUGAAUUUCGUAGAGGAAUCCGAAUGAGAAUUCAGUGGACAGGGGAGUUUGAAAUUUCCUCAAUUCGAGAGCCCGUCCUGUCGCACUCUUGGCCUCGGUCGAGCAUGCUUGCGUAAGCUAGACUCAUCCGUAUAUUUGUAAGUAAUGUGAAAGAUUCGUAUAAUAAAUGGAAAAAAAUUCGUAAAAAAAAAAAUAA